UUAAAUGACGAACUAACGGUUUAUAACUCUGCCAGCAGAGCACACCUCAACCGAGAAAAGUCAGUUGGUUUAUGGCUUGGAAAGUGGAAACGUCAAGAAAACCCAUUGCAAAUAAAAUGGGCUACCACAGCGAUCCUUGGCCUAACAUUCAGUCCUUCGUAUUAUGAAUCUAUAAAAGAAAACUGGUCAAUGGUCUUAGAGAAACUGAAAAAGGCAUUGGACAUUUGGAAAAGUCGAGAUCUGUCAUACCUAGGGCGAGCACACGUCCUGUCAACAUACGCUUUAAGCAAAAUAUACUACACGGCACACACAUAUACUAUGCCUCAUCAAACGUUACAGCAAUUCCAAGACAUUAUCUGGGAUUUUCUUUGGAUUAAAACGCCACCACUAAUAAAAUGAUCGGUGUGUAUUUCACGAAGUAGAGAUGGAGGACUAGGCAUGCCUCAUCUCCUUUCUAGACUAAUGGCAAUACGCCUCCAAGCGAUCCGACGCUUGUUUGAUAAAAAGAAUCAAGCAGCUUGGAAAGACCUCGCUCGACAGCAACUAUCUCAUCUCAGUGGACAAUACAACAUGGGCCAUGCAGUAUUUGCCGCCUCAGGCUGGAUGCCCGACCAUCACAACUACACCAAGCUUUCAUCCUUUUAUCGCCAACUUUACAUGUCCUGGAGAAAACUUGACGGAGGACGAGAUCUUGCCCCUCCCAAGUAUUAUGAAGAUGCUGCCGAAGAACCUCUGUGGGGAAACCAACUUAUAAAAGACCAGUCCAAUCGCCCCAUACUUCAGCCUUCACUAGCUAGAUGUCGCUUCUUCAACGUUAAAGAUAUAUGGACCAAACAACUUCCAGAUGCCAGAACGGUCGCGGCAAAAUUUCACCCUCAAGUUUUACAUGCCAUUCCGCAAUCUUGGACUAGCCUCCCCCAUCAAGAGCCCUCUUCCGAACAUAGAAUGCCACAUUGGCAGGCACGUCUCUGUUUCUUCAGCACAGCCGAUAAACCACUGCUACUGUCAGAUGCGAAUACACGUUUACUGUACCGAUGUCUCUUAUCUAAACACAUAGACCGUCCACCGUGCCAGGAAAAAUGGGAGGCCUCAUACAAACCAAUUACGGACAAACAAUGGCUCUCACUAUGGAAUUUUCCUCAAAACAUGACGCCUUUACAAUGGGACAUAGCAUGUAAAUUUCUGCACCCGGUUCUGCCAACUAACUCAGUCCUCUAUAUGGCUAAGCUUGCCACAACACGUCAGUGUCCAGCGUGCCACCAGCCAGACGACCCCAUUGAACAUGUAUUCAAUACUUGCCCAAUAUGGAAAGGACUCUUACGGCAAGUUUGUCUCUUAUUGAGUAGGGUAUCCUUAAAUCCACCUACGGCCCUCCACCCAUUGGAGCUGAUGAAUGAAACUGGAACCUAAGAACUUUCUUCGUCAUUCUCAUGACCACCUAUUGGACAAAAAGAAAAACUCUUCCUCCCGUUGGAAUUAUGAACAGUUUUAAGUGGCAUCUACGUCGACACAUACGAACUGUUUGUGCAAGAAAGUCGGACAUAUCUUUUUGGAAGCGUUUGGGACCUUUUGUAAACCUAGCUUUAGUGUAAAGAAUUAGAUUG